AUGAAAUCUUACUCAGAAAGUUCAAGUCCUCUCACAUUGAACAGUUUCGCCGACUAUGAACGUAACGUUCAAACAUCUUCAGUUCAUCGCGGUCGGCCGUUCGAAUCAGUAUGUGAGUUGUCAACAGAUUCCGUGGCACAACAAGUGAAAUCAAUAGGUGAUCAAGAGAACGAUAAGGAGAAUGAGCCAGUGGUUGAUAGUAGUAACCAAGAACAGCAACACCCGGGUACAUCAACCCCUGUCAAGAAGGCUUCAUCAAACGAUAGCACAGAGACAACGCGUUCAACUCGUUUAACAAAUCCAUUUGAAAGUCAUCUUUUGGAGAGUCUUUGUGUCAGUACGUUCAGUCCACGACUGUUUUCAGACUUGAAAACCCCGUCUAAGUCCAAUACUGAAUCACCGGAAAAGUUUCGAUGGUCAAUCGAUCAAAUUGCGAUUUUGAAUCCGGCUGAUAUCGAUGAAUCUGCAGCGGAUAAGCAAGAAUCUCCUGAUCCGGUGUUCGAGGCCCGUGUGCAAGGUGCAAUCGAUAAAUUUUGGACUUCGCAAAAGUUUGUGCUGCCAUCGCCAGAUGUUAAUUUGGUGUUCUCGGCAGGUGCUUCUUCCACUCAUUCAGCACGUUCCGAUCGUUCACCAUUCCAGCAUCCAUCCUACAAACGACCUCAAUCGUUUAGAAGAGAUUCAAAUCGGAAUAAUGCGGUUCGUAUAGAAGAAUCUCCUUUGGUGCGGCCAGGUUUCCAGCGUUUCAACGGCAGUAUUCUAAGACGGACGAAAGAAACACAAACGCUGCUCACAUUUCCACCUGACCUCGAUCUUGUCAAAUUACUUGGUGGUCGUUUCCAAUAUAAUGAAGAAGAUGAGAAUGCAGAAGAGGCAGCGUUCGAAGCAAAUCUCUCGUUGAAUACAUUGCGACGAAAAUUAUUCGCCGAUUACGAUUCGUCGUUCUCGAGUGCGAAAGAUAACGAGCUCGAGAGCAGUCACACUUCAUUUGCUGAUUGUACUGCAAACAACCCACAUUCUCCGGCAUUACUCAAAUUCGACGAUGAUGAAGUGGAUGAGGACGAAGUUGAUGACCUGUUGAAUAUGGACGGCGAUCCGAACGUGCAAGAGGAAUCAUUCAUGGACGGUGAUAUCUCGACAAUUGGGGAGCGUGAUCGUAGUGUGGGCAAUUAUGGUGAUGAUGAAACGCCAGUGUAUUUGGGACGACGAAGAAUGGUAUCACCGGAAAUGUCACCGAUCAGAUUCAUCAAUUGA